AUGUAUAAAUCAAUUUUCGACGACUCUUUGAAAAACGAUAGCCAGUUUAAUUCCGAAAUUAUCGAGAGAGCCGCAAACUUGACGCCAUCUCUUGAUGCGUACGCAAAAGUGUUGGAAUUCACGGAAAAAGUGAAAGCUGCUCUUCAAAAGGAAAUGGAGAAAAACACUGUUCCAGAUGUGAAAAUCGAGUCCAUUUCUCUCGUUGGUUCAUAUUCCACAGAUACGGUUUUAUGUGGCAAUUUAAAAUCGGAUAUUGUUGUGCAAUUAAGCACCCUACCUUCUUUCGAAACUGUGAACGCUCUUGGCAACAAAGUGGUGGAAAAUGUGAGGAAAGCAAACCCAAAGGACGUCAGCACAUCAGUAGCUCAAGAGUAUGGUUGUUGCAUAAUGACACCAAAUGCGCAAGUCAAAAUUCUCAUCACAAUUUUACCGGAAAACUCAACAAAAUUAGAACCACAACUUCAUCUCAGCGAACAAAUAAUGAUGAAGAACUUCUUCGCAAUUCGUCAUGUUACAUGGUUCAAGACGAUCGAGCAAGGAAUAACUCCGGAGUUUCUUCUAGAACUUAAGGCGCUCAUUCGUGUCAUAAAAGAUGUUCGUAAUCGCUACGAAGAAUUCCGUUCUCUUUCCAUUUGGGCAUUACAGUAUCUGGCAUAUUAUGCGAUUUCAAACGGGCCUAAUCGGGAGAGAAUCUCACUCGGCGCUGCAUUUCGAAGGUUCUUCGAGAUUCUCGCCAGCGGGAUCCUGCUUCCGAAGGCGAUGGUCCUCAAUGAUCCGGCAAGUUCGACCUACAGAAUUGGAUGGGAUAUGAGUUAUAAUGAUAUGGAUUUGGUCUGUAUGACAGCGCAAGUUUUCACACAGAUCUUCGCCACUGGCGACAACGGCUAUCGAGCGAUUCUUGGAACGAAUCCGGACACAACAAAUCUAGAUCUUGCAAAAACGACGAGUACUUGGGGUGACAUCGAGAUCACGCCCCUACAAGCAGCUUUCGAGGAGAAUUGCAUGGAACCCUGUUACAACGACGACGUCAUAGCUCCUCAAUAA